AUGGCCGAGCAUGCGAGAAAUGCGGCGCUUAAAGAAAACGGUGAUUUUAUUGAUCCAGAUGAUCGUUCAGGACAAUAUGUUCACAGCCAAUUUUGGACCCAAGGCUAUAAUGUCAAAGGCUUCUUAUCACAGCUUAACGACUGCUCAGCAGCUGGAAAAAGUGACGAGAUCAUUAGAAUUUAUAGCGAUAGCACUAACUACGGACCAUUUUGGAACGGACCAAAGAAGGCUGGAACAAUUUUGGAUUUUAAGAAGUAUUUAUUGUGUGGAGUUGCUAUUCCAAGCGCUGAUCAAAUCAAUGCAAAACUCAUGAAAACAGCUGUAUUUACCUGGGCUGAGGGUGAACCGAGGCAACCAAUCACUUCUCCUCUUGCGUCAUUCUUUCGGCUGAGGAGAGAUGGCACGUGA